AUGGAGGCUGCCAUUGGCCAGUCAGGGUAUAACGCCUGGAGGCAAUUCUGUGGGCUCUCACAGCCUCGCAACUUCGCUGAACUCUCUGCAGUGCUGAGAAAUCCUGAGCUGGCCAGGAAGUUCAUGGAUCUGUACGGGACACCAGACAAUAUCGACAUCUGGAUUGGGGCACUCGCGGAGCCAUUUGUUCCCAAUGGCAGAGUGGGACCUCUCCUGGCUUGCAUCAUUGGAACUCAGUUCAGGAAAUUGCGAGAUGGGGACAGAUUCUGGUGGGAGAAUCCCGGGGUUUUCACUCCACAGCAGCGCCGUGCCCUGAGCAGAACUUCAUUGUCACGGGUUCUCUGUGAUAACACUCGCAUUAGAGAGGUGCCCAGAGAUGCGUUCAAGGUCAACCGCUAUCCUGAGGACUUUGUGAACUGCAGAGUGAUCGACAGUCUUGACUUGUCACCUUGGAGACAACGCAGUAACUAG